CUCAGUGCAAUGCUCAUCUAUUUCACGUCUAGAGUUAUCAGCUCGACAGCUGCGUUUCUAUAUCCUGGUUACGCGUCCUUCAAGUGUCUAUCUCAGCGUCCGGCUUCGGAGGCUGAGCUGGAGAGAUGGUUAAUGUACUGGAGCGUACUUGGUGUCAUCGUUGGGGUUGAGUAUGUUGCUGAGUGGCUGAUCUCAUGGCUUCCACUCUACUACCCACUGAAGACAAUAUUCUUGCUUUACCUCUCGCUUCCUCAAACCCAAGGUUCCUCCUAUCUCUACGUCAACUACCUUCAGCCUUUCCUGCAUACCCACGAAGCGGACAUCGACGCAACUCUUGCGCGAGUCAAAGCACGCGUCUAUACCUACUUGCAGGAGAAGUUUCGACUUCUGUGGAGCGCUCUUCUCGGUUCGCUCGGGCAGAGCGCAGCCCAACCAGGGGCGGAGGCAGCUGCGGAAUCGUUCCCUCCUCCCACGGUCGCAGACCCUGUUUCGGGACCGACGCAGCUGCUGGGUGGAUUAUGGCGUAGCUACGGUCCUUCCAUCGUUGCGUCAGGCGCGUCAUUGUUUACGAUGGCUAGUGCAGCGGCUGCUGCUCAGCAACGGUUCCGUCCUGCAGAUCCUAGUCCUCCGAGAGGUCAAGGGCAGGGAAGGAGUGUUUCGCAGGCACUAGCAGAGAGGCGAAGACAGCUCGAGGCAGAGCUUGCGUCGCUCCCUCCCACUGACGAGUUGCAAAACUCAUCCGGUUCCGAAUCAGAAUCACCCGUCAAGGUCAUGGCAGACAGGCCUGGCUCCAGUUCUUACCUUCCAACUUCUGGAACCUCUGAAGUUGAUCUGCGCUCGAGGAACGGACAGUACGAAGAAGUCGAGGUACCGAGCGACGUUGAAGGCUAUGACGUCGGGCCAUCGCAAUCAGCUGUACCGCCGAGUGUAAAUAGGCAGACGAGCUGGUUCGGAUGGGGAGGCUCUCCGGCCGUGCCGGAUGAGAAAGAUGAUUGAGACGGACAAAACUAGACUUCUGAGAAUCGACAUUCCCUUGCAUGGUCUGUUAUUUGCCAACCUUCUUCCCCGCCUCGUGUGAAUCAUCUAGUUGUAUAGCUUUUUAGGUAUUUAUCUACUUUGGUCUCGGACACCCGUUGACUUAUUGUACGACUAGGCAGCCUCAAGAUUGUGUAUAUUGACG